GAACCCGGAAACGCCUGGGCUGCACCGAGCUGGCGGCGGCUACGGCUAAGCCAACGGGAGCCGGCGGCGCUGCGGGUCAGCGGUCGCGUUGGACCCAGCGGGCUCGGCAGUCUGGGGCCCCCGGCGGAGCUGAACCGCGGCCCCCGGUGGUGGGCUCAGCCGGCCGAGCUGCGCGGGAGGCAAAUGAAGAUAAAACAAUGUCCACCAACCUAAAAUACCUUUCCUUGGGAAUUUUGGUCUUUCAGACUACCAGUUUGGUUCUAACAAUGCGUUAUUCUAGAACUUUAAAAGAGGAAGGACCUCGUUAUCUAUCUUCUACAGCAGUGGUUGUUGCUGAACUUUUGAAGAUAAUGGCCUGCAUUUUAUUGGUCUACAAAGACAGCAAAUGUAGUCUAAGAGCACUGAAUCGAGUACUACAUGAUGAAAUUCUUAAUAAACCUAUGGAAACACUUAAACUUGCUAUUCCAUCAGGGAUAUAUACUCUUCAGAAUAAUUUACUGUAUGUGGCACUAUCAAAUCUAGAUGCAGCUACUUAUCAGGUCACAUAUCAGUUGAAAAUUCUUACAACAGCAUUAUUUUCUGUGUCUAUGCUUAGUAAAAAAUUGGGUGUAUACCAGUGGCUCUCUCUAGUAAUUCUGAUGACAGGAGUUGCUUUUGUACAGUGGCCCUCAGAUUCUCAACUUGAUUCUAAGGAACUUUCAGCUGGCUCUCAGUUUGUAGGGCUCAUGGCAGUUCUCACAGCAUGUUUUUCAAGUGGCUUUGCUGGGGUUUACUUUGAGAAAAUCUUAAAAGAAACAAAACAAUCCGUGUGGAUAAGAAACAUUCAGCUUGGUUUCUUUGGAGGUAUAUUUGGAUUAAUGGGUGUAUACAUUUAUGAUGGAGAACUGGUAUCAAAGAAUGGAUUUUUUCAGGGAUAUAAUCAACUGACCUGGAUAGUAGUUGUUCUUCAGGCACUUGGAGGCCUUGUAAUAGCUGCUGUUAUUAAGUAUGCAGAUAAUAUUUUAAAAGGAUUUGCAACCUCUUUAUCUAUAAUAUUAUCAACACUGAUCUCCUAUUUUUGGCUUCAAGAUUUUGUACCAACCAGUGUCUUUUUCCUUGGAGCCAUUCUUGUAAUAACAGCUACUUUCUUAUAUGGUUAUGAUCCCAAACCUGCAGGAAAUCCCACUAAAGCUUAGUUGUAUACUAUCUUUAACUGGUUUUUCACGAUGGUCCACUAGGAAUCUCGACAUUAAUCUUGCACAGAGGACUUCUACAGAGUCUGUGAAGAUAUCAUCAUGCUGAAUCUGAUCAUAUUGUUUAAAUGGUUAAAAAUAUAAAAGUUUAAGGAUAAAAUAUGUGUAUAUGUAACAAAACACAUUGCAUCUAGAAAUCAAAACUUAAGAGUAUUUCCAGGGAUUAGAAUUAGAAGGAAUAUUAGUGGAAACUUGAAAUCUGAGUUUAAAAAGAUUUUACCUUUUUGGUUGCUGCAGAAAUGUUCUAUGCACUCUUUGCAAGAGCACACAACAAAUGUCAAAUAUCAAUUUUUGCAAAUUAGAUUUAAUCUUAUUCAAUGUUUUUAUCUUACUCUUUCUGUACAGCUAUAUCAAAUCACAUGAAAUAUUCAAAGUUUGAAAAUUAUAAUUACCUAUAAAGCUGUGAAAAAAAUAGAAAUAUAAUUUGAAAAAACAUUUCACUUAUCAGAGAUUUUUAUAUUUAUACAAAAGAUUACUAAAUGAAGGAUUGCUAAAUGGUUUUUGUUCAGUUACCUAAACAUUAAUAAAGUACUAUUCUGGGUAUGAUUUGUCAGAGAAUAAAUACUAUAUCUAGAUUUAAUGUAGAGAUACACACUAUUUCUCCAUAUGACUUUUAAGAUAUUUUAGUGCUUCAAUACUGCUGAAAGCAAUCCAGUUGCUCCUGUGCUAAAUAGUAGCCAGCGAAUCUUAUAGUAAUGGAGGAUAGCCCCUAAUCUCUUAAUUGCAUUUUAUUUCUGUAAAUCAGAUAAAUCCUUAAUAUUAUUUUAAAUUAAAAUUUGUAAUUGCCAUUAAAUUUUUCAAAAUGUAAUUUAAAAGGAUUUAAUAAUUUAAAAUAAUUAUUGUGUAAUAUCUACAUUAGGAGAAUUUUGAACUAUCAAGCAUAUAUAGUAUACGGUUAAAAGUUAUUAAAUGAACAUUUUACUCACUGA